AUGAUCAUGCAGUACAUUGUUGCAGGACCAGGGGAUGGCAGCUUGGACUUUGUUGCUAUUCUUGCAAGUGGGAAAAGUGGUCUUGUACAGGCCAGAGUCAUGAUGCUGAAUCUUUACGUUUCAGAGUUAUCCUUCGUGCUGAGCAUCGGCCUAGUCAAACUCUCUAUUCUUACUUUCUACUAUGGCCUUUUCGGUAUCUCAAAGCGCUUCCGACGCGUUAACCAAGUUGCUAUUGCUGUGUGUGUUGUAUGGACGACAGCGUUCCUCUUGCGGGACAACGACACUUGUUUUGGAAUUGACGAAUCUGUUCGGGGAUGUCUUAAUACUAUCAAUGCCCCUUUUUAUGAUAAGACGUCUAAAACUUCGACCAUUGCAAAAAUGGACGACAUGUGGCAUUCUUUUACUUGGUGGGGGGCCGGCGUUGCCAUUCUAUGUGCAUGUCUACCAACAUACGGCCCUAUCAUCCAGGUCUGCUUAGGAAAAAGGAAUGGAAGCACAGGAAAAACGAGCACAAAACCCUACUACAGCUUCAACCAAUCCUCACGAGGCCAAACUUUGAUUAGCACAGCCGAUAACAACGCCGAAUAUGCUGCUUCAAAAUACUAUCGCGUACAGGAUGAGGGGUUCAAUAUGCAGCACGCGCAUGCCUCGGGUGAAUCCAGAGAUUCCUAUGGAAUGGACGCCUUGACUCCGGACUCAAUCUAUGUCAAGAAAAGUGUGGAGGUAGUAUAA